CAAGUGGAUAUGCUGUUGCAGUGAUGCCAUCAGCUAAGGGGAUGGUUCCAGAGCACCAUCCUCAUUUCAUUGGAACUUAUUGGGGUGCAGUGAGUACGGCCUUCUGCGCUGAAAUUGUGGAAUCAGCUGAUGCUUACUUGUUUGCUGGACCUAUUUUUAAUGACUAUAGCUCUGUUGGGUAUUCUCUGCUUCUCAAAAGAGAGAAAGCCAUCAUUGUACAGCCGGAUCGUGUGACUGUUGGUAAUGGACCUACAUUUGGUUGUAUUCUAAUGAAGGAUUUCCUUGCUGCAUUGGGCAAGAGGCUAAAGCACAACCCAACUGCUUACGAGAAUUAUCGAAGGAUUUAUGUUCCAGAGGGACAUCCUCUUAAGUGUGAGCCUAAAGAGGCAUUGAGGGUUAAUGUUCUCUUUGAGCACAUUCAGAGGAUGUUGUCCGGUGACAUGGCUGUGAUUGCUGAGACAGGGGAUUCAUGGUUCAAUUGCCAGAAACUUAAACUGCCCAAGGGAUGUGGGUACGAGUUCCAAAUGCAGUAUGGAUCUAUUGGUUGGUCUGUUGGGGCAACGCUUGGUUACGCACAAGCAGCAAAAGAAAAGAGGGUGAUUGCUUUCAUUGGUGACGGUAGUUUUCAG